AUGACGACGCGCCUUGAAGAGUUGUGGAGUGUUGGGAUUAGAAUUUUGAAUACCAUGCAAAUGCAAAUGUGUGGCGAGUGCAAGAAAUGGGACACACUGCUGGCUGGUAUCUCCAAAUAUGGUCGCAACAAAGUUGAGGCGUUCAUGUCGAUGUUCCAUAAUUGCCUUCGACUGACUCAUAAACUAUUGGUGUGGUUGCUAUGGAUGCAAAAGGACGCAUUUUCAAAAGGAUCAGGAAGCUUGAUAGAGCCGAUAAUACUGCAAGCAAAGUCUAAUGCUCAGCAAGUUUAUUUUCACACAACUGGAUAUGAAACCGGUCGAUACGCAAAUAACAUGCGAUGCAGCUGGAUCCUGAUGGGUAGCAACAGCAGGAAAAGGAUAAUGCUAACCGUUCAUGAUUCUGACAUUGACGAUGCCUUGUUCUCGAAAUGUGACGAUUACUGCUCCAUUCAUGAUGGCAACACAUUCAAAUCACCAGAAGUAGUGCGUUGGUGCGGCGAUAAGCAUCCGGAUGCGAUUAUCAGCACCACCGAUUCACUUUAUGUGUAUUUUCACAGUGACGAGGCAUUUCAAGGGAAAGGCAUCAAUAUGUCCUUCAUCGAAUUCGAUAUGCCAGGAUGUCCACCGAGCUGGAUUUCUAGUUCGAUAGGUUACUGUUAUGUAUUAAAGAGACCGAUUCGCGGUUUGACAUGGUUAGAAGCUCAGAAAGAAUGUAGUUUAGCACGUAGCAAUCUGCUUACAUUGACCUCCGCCAACGAGUAUUCGUUUGUUGCAGCAAUUUAUGCAAAAAGCAAAACAUUUCCAUGGAUUGGUUAUAUGGAUCACAGCGGUGAUGGCAAAUUUAUACCCGUGGAUUCAAACUCCGAACAAUGGCCAGAAGACUUGCCUAAACUCACAGGAAGUCCUCGGGGACAAGAGUGUGCCUAUAUAGACUGGCAUAAUAACAAGGAAGACAUCUUAGCCGUGGAUGACUGCAGAAAUCGUCAUGAAUAUAUAUGCACGCGUCGUCAAGAUGGCACCACGAUACCGCACUUUCCACAAGAAGAAAUCAUACGUAGUAGCUUCGCGAAGUCUCCCAUCAGUUAUACUAUAUGGAUGUUUAUAAUCCUACUUGUUCUGCUGAUGCUUACCCUACUCUGUUUAUGUUACCGGAAAUGCAGAAAGCAACAUGCAUUGUCACGUAUUGGCAGUUCUGAUGUAAACCAACGUCUGGUUACGGGAAUUGAUGUGCAGCACGCUGCUACAUCCACUGAAGUACCACAUACUGGAAGCUCCGAAAUCCAGAAAACUGGCAGUGUUGCUAUAAACAAUGAUAGUACUAACAACGAUGCAAGACUGAUUACAGCAACUAAAAAUGCUUGUAAUGUAAUACUAGAUGGAGAUUCAUCAAGACAUGCAAUAGAACAAAACAUCCCGAGCCAAAACUCGCAUUCGGUACGGCAGUUUAAUUUAGAACGAAUUGACCCAACAGUUCUGACGAUCGAACCACGUUUUAAUGCCCGUCAAGCGAGCGAAGAGCGCCUCUCGGUAUCUAGUCGAAGCAAACAAAACCUACCAUAUGGUGUACGGGAAAGUACAGUAGGUAGCACAACGAGGGAAGAAGCACUACUGAAAAUACGACGUGGUGAACUCUUUGAACGUCCACGCGUAUCUGUUCUGGAUCACACAUCCGCGAUUAGCCUUGACGAAUUCUGGAACAAAAAUGAAAUAUCAACAAUUAAUAGGAACUAA